UUAUUGGUCUUUAUUUCUCAAAAUAUUCACUCAUGCUGUGGUUAUCACACUAUUUCCUUCUAUCUUAUAUAUUUGUCAGGUAACUGAUAAAUCAUUGUCUUAGCAAUCAGGAGGCCACAAGCUGUAUGUAGCCUAAACCUAUUGUAGCCUGUGAUGUGCAGGUAGGAUGUGUGUGGGUUUAGCUAAUUCAGGCGCGGUGGCUGAAGAGCCUUCCACUGAUAUCAGAAGUGGCAAAAGGAGUGGGUGAAUUGGGUCAUUUUUGGGAUGCAUCUUAUCGAUCUUGCUUGGAUUGAAGACUCUGUGAUGGAAAAAGCCUCCUAUUCCUGUUUUUUUGGGUCAUGAUAGAGCAUGCAGCUUAUCAUCUACACAGAUCCUACUCUUAAAUGGAAAAUAUGCAAUGCCUUUUUUCGAUGAAACAUUUAUUUAUUUAAUGGGGAGGCCUAUUUUUUUGUUGUUGUUCAGGCUACUUUUUGAUUAAAUAAACCCAGCAGCAGUACAAUGAUUUAAUGUAAAGUGAGUAUAGCCGUGUUCUACAGAUAAUUUGCAUUGGAAUUUAAUCAAUGUAAUUCUAGAUGCUGUUAACUAAUCAUAAGGCAGUUAUCAACACCAUUCAGGUUGUUGGGCGUUAUAUCCUGUUAGUGUUAAUUUGUAAAAAAGACGACAAUGACCCAUCUGGACUCUUCGUUUUAGGCCUACCUCAGUAUAGUUUAUCCAGAUAAAGAAUUGUGAACUUCUUGGCCCCUGGAGGGGUCCAAGUUUGUGACUGGAAAGUGAUUAUUGCGUUAGGCUACGUAGGGUAGUGUAAUAGGGUAGAUGGACGUAGGGCAGUAUAAUUCGUAUUUUUAGACGUGCAUUGUUAAAGUCCUUGUUUCCAUUAAGGUGAUAUUCUACUCUUACGGUAUGGUACACUUCCAAGAAGAUCUUUCUUUUAGAACAGCAGGGCUCCAUCUGAGCAUGCCCAGUAAGGGCCAUGGCAGAGCUUUCUAUUGAGAGUUGGUCAUGUGACCUGAGCUGGGACGCUGCAUGUGUGUGGGACGCUAGAUGUUGGAGUGUGGAGCUCAACUCUCGCCCUCUUCCUCCCCCAUUAUUGGACACUCACUGCUUUAUCCAGCCCACAGGUCUGGCCAAAGGCAGAGUGGUUAAAGGGGAGUCCAUGGAGGAUGGGAUGGAUUCACCUGGGGACCGAGCGGAGGAGGGAGAUGCAUCAAGAGAUGAGGAGGUAGCUGCCAGGCUGCAGUCCAGUCCCAGAGCAGAGACGGAGCUAAAUGGGACCUAUGAGAGUGCAGAGUUGGGGAACAGACACAAGAACCCCACCCCCCUGAUCUCCCAGGCCAAUGGGUCACAGGCGGCUACAGAGAAUGGGAUGAUGGAGACGGACCUGCCUCACGGCUCCACCACCGGUAGUAACGGAUACAUCCUCAGCAAGCAGCAGGAGGGGGGUUCUUCGACAGGCUCGACGGCUGCCCCACACAGGACUAGCUGGUUGCCCUCAGGCACCACCAUGAUUGGACACGCCGCCAAAACGUUCCCGUCUUUGGCAGACGGGUGCGGCCACAGUCUGGGAUCAAUAACGACUGACACCCAGCACGCCGGGUCCCCGUCGGGACAGGGGACCUCAGACGCAGACACUAAAAACGGCACGUCCGCUAACGACUCCCCCGCCCCUUCCCCGCAGUCCAUCGCCAUACACCGAGCACGCAAAACCAUGUCCAUGCCAGCAUCCAACCAGACGCUAAAGCUUCUAAACAGGAAAUUAAUAGAACCAAACGGUGCAGACGAGGAGAGUCCGAAUGGACCAGAGGAGGAGAAGUCCCAGCAGACGUCCCCCUCCCAGAACCAGUUACCUCCGAGCCAAAUCGUCGUGCCGGCUGCAGCAACGGCCAAGUCCCAGACAGCAUCGAGGAAGAAGAGACGGAAGAUGGGAACAUACAGUCUGGUCCCCAGGAAGAAAACUAAAGUGCUGAGGCAGGGGACGGUGCUGCAGAUGUUUAGUCAACUUCAAUCAACUCAAAGAGCACAGGCUAAAGCGGUGUCACACGUGAAUGGGGAAAGGGUGGAGAACGAGUCAGAGGAGGAAGGGUGGGAGGAUGGAGAGGAGUGGGAGGAAGAGGUGGAGCAGGGUGGAGAGGAAGGUGUCCCCACAGCCCUGGAGAAGAGUCAAACAUCAGGCCCUGCUCUUCAGGGGGACCUGGGAGAGGAGCCGGACUCUGAGGAAUCAGCUGAGGAGGAAGGUGAAGAAGAGGGGAACGAGUCAGACUUGAGCUCGGAAUCCAGCGUGAAGAAGAGGUUGAAAAAGAAAUCAAAGGGAGACUACUUCUUGCUCCGGCCAUCCAGGAAACGGAAUAGGAAGCCCAAGACUGAGGGACUCCCUGGCACAGGGCCCCAGGGCCAGGCAGGCCUGAGUAAGGACUACACAGAGGUUCCCCUCCACUCACUCAACCUUAAUGCCAAGGAAAUGCUGCUCUCCCCACAGCACACAGGAGUUACUGGGGGUGUGGAGGAAGACAUGGUGCAGGAGCUACCCCUCUGCAGCUGUCGCAUGGAGACACCCAAGAGCCGGGAGAUCCUCACACUGGCCGACAGGAAAUGCAUGGCCACGGAGAGCUUUGACCGACAGCUAAGCAGAUGUCAGAGUGCGGUUCUAAAGCAUGAGAUGAUGCGUCCUUCGAACUCUGUGCAGCUGCUGGUGCUGUGUGAGGACCACCGGGCCGGCAUGGUCAAACACCAGUGCUGCCCCGGCUGUGGCUUCUUCUGCAGGGCUGGGACCUUCAUGGAGUGCCAACUGGAUGUCAACAUCUCCCACCGUUUCCACCGGGCCUGUGCCUCGGUGCUGAAGGGCCAAACCUUCUGUCCACACUGUGGAGAGGAGGCCAGCAAGGCCAAGGAGGUCACCAUUGCCAAGGCCGACACCACCUCCACCAUGCCCGCCACACAUGCUGCACACGGCCCUGCCACCCCCCGGGGCACAGAGGGCAGGGCAGACACAACCACUGGGGGUCUAUCCUGUUUCUCUGUGGGAGGUGAUAUAAGUGGCCGAGCAGACGGCUCUCUCUCCAUCCCCCCUGGGCACACACUGGACACCUUCCCCGGGGGCUCCAGAACCGGAGUACUGCCUCCUGCGGUGGGGAUUGGGAUGGGCACCACCCCUAAAGAGACCUUGGAGAGCAUCCUGCUGGCACUGGACACAGAGAAACCCAAGAAGCUGCGGUUUCACCCCAAGCAGCUGUUCAUCUCUGCCAAACAGGGCGAGCUACAGAAGGUCCUUCUCAUGCUGGUGGAUGGGAUGGACCCUAACUUUAAGAUGGAGAGCCAGAGCAGACGCACCCCCCUCCAUGUAGCAGCUGCGGCAGGCCACCAGGAGAUCUGUCACCUGCUGGUUCAGUCUGGUGCAAACCUGGACAUCUGUGAUGAGGACCAGCGCACACCCCUGAUGGAGGCCUGUGAGAACAACCACCUGGAGACAGUCCGCUACCUACUGAGUGCAGGAGCCAUUGCCAGCCACAAGGAUGUGGAGGGGUUCACGUGUCUCCACCUAGCUGCUAAGAUUGGCCAUUACAACAUUGUGGAGCAUCUCCUCUCCACAGGACUCGUAGACAUCAACUGUCAGGACGAUGGUGGUUGGACGGCCAUGAUCUGGGCAACGGAAUAUAAGCACCUAAACCAGGUGAAGCUGCUUCUCAUUAAAGGGGCUGACAUCAACAUCAGGGACAAGGAGGAGAACAUCUGUCUCCACUGGGCUGCGUUCUCUGGCAGUGUGGAGAUUGCUGAGCUCCUCCUAGAGGCCAAGUGUGAUCUCCACGCUGUCAACAUCCAUGGAGACUCCCCUCUGCACAUCGCCGCGCGGGAGAACAGGCUUGAAUGUGUCACACUCUUGCUGUCUCGUGGGGUGGAUGUCAACUUGAAGAACCGCGAGGGGGAGACCCCGCCGGACUGCUGCAGCCGCAGCUCCAGGGUGUGGCUCACCCUUCAAACAAACAGGAGGAUUUGGGAGGCCAGGAGCAGCACCAAGGGGGAGAAGGUCCUCAACAGAGACAUAGCCCGGGGGUAUGAGAGAGUUCCAGUCCCCUGUGUCAACUCGGUGGAUAGUGAGCCCUGUCCGGACAACUAUAAAUACGUGCCAGACAACUGUGUCACCUCCCCCUUGAACAUAGACAAGAACAUCACACACUUACAGUACUGUGUGUGUAAAGACAACUGCUCCUCAAGCAGCUGCAUGUGUGGCCAGCUCAGCCUACGCUGUUGGUAUGACAAGAAUGGUCGUCUGCUCCCCGAGUUCUAUCGUGAAGAACCGCCCCUUAUCUUCGAGUGUAACCACGCCUGCUCCUGCUGGAGAACCUGCAAGAACCGUGUGGUCCAGAAUGGACUGAGGGUCCGGCUCCAGCUGUUCCGGACCAGUCGGAUGGGCUGGGGGGUCCGGACACUGCAGGAAAUUCCUCAGGGGACCUUUGUGUGCGAGUACGUGGGGGAGAUCAUCUCUGAUGCAGAGGCAGAUGUCAGGGAAAACGACUCCUAUCUGUUCAACCUGGAUAGCAAGGUGGGUGACGUGUACUGCAUAGAUGCCCGUUUCUAUGGCAACAUCAGCCGGUUCAUCAACCACAUGUGCGAGCCGAACCUAUUCUCCUGCCGGGUGUUCACGGCACACCAGGACCUGCGCUUCCCCCAUAUCGCCUUCUUCGCCUGCGAGACCAUCAAGGCUGGGGAAGAGCUAGGGUUUGACUACGGUGACAAUUUCUGGGAAAUCAAGGGAAAGCACUUUAGCUGUGAGUGCGGCUCUCCCAAGUGCAAGCACUCUGCAGCGACCAUCGCCCUGUGCCAGGCUGACAGCUCACCCCUGGACCAGCAGUCCAGCGCCCUCCCUGACACCAGCUCCUCCACCACCCCUUUCUGAGCCUCCUCUGACACCCCCACAAAAAGGACUUCCAGACCAGUGGAGAUAUGUCUCCAUUCCCCCAAACAGCAACCUCCACCCCUAGGCCGUACGUCCCCAGACGCCCCACCUCCAUCCCCAGUUGAAUCAUCACCUUCAGGCCUGUGGAGCCCAUCACUGAGACCUAAAAUCAAACCCACCUGCUUCAUGUUUCAACCAGCUCGAACAUCUCCUUACCAGCACAAACUCUGAACAUCUGCUAAAACUCACCCUCAGUUCAGGAAAUAUUGGGCAGGAAGACAGUCUGUUUGUUGACGUGUGUCCGAUGCACAACUUUUAUGAGAAGAAAAAAACACUAUGAGCCUGGCUCUUGUUUUGUUUCCCAUUGUCAUUCUCAAACCGGCUUCGUGCUCAGUUCUGGGUAAUGGUGUUUCAUGGCCCUUGGUCUGAAUUAAGUUUGUACUAAGCAACAAUGUAUAUCUAACCAUGAAAAAUAUUUCCACUGUGCGAAAGGCAUUUGUAGCAUAGGAGUGCCCUUACCCUCUCACAUGAUACCAUAGAAAUGAGAAAUGUUCAUGCACAAUUUGAGACGUUUGAUGUAUUUACCUCAUGCUAUAGUUUGAUUGCAAAGGGGACAGAGGACUCAAGUCACAAUCAUGUAUGUUUCUACUGGACUUCUUCUCUUGAGCAUUUCUACAGGAAAAUAAUUGUCAGUGCUAGAUAUCAAUUAUGAAAACAAAAAAUACUUUUGAAUUCACUUUAUAUUCAAAUCUAAUUUGAAAUCUAAUGUUAUAUUCUGUUACAUUUAGUCAAGUGUAUUGUAUGCAGAACUUUUGAUAAUGAUCAUGAGUACAACAUUUGAAGUCAAUGAGAAUACUAACCAAUCAUCUCACUGUUCUGAGGGGUGAAGCAAAGUUGACACUGUCCAGUAAAGGCAGAUCUGUUUUGACCACAAAGGAGUGGCAGAUUCUGUCAGUUCUGGCAUGAAUUCCUCUUCAACACAAUGGUCCUUUUCUAUUAAAUACUUUUCUUCUGGAAACAGUAUGUGCAUAUAUGAAAGGUGGUGUGACAUCAAAUUGACCAACGGUAAGGGUAUGAAGAUUGCAAAAGGGUUGAGGUGGGAGUUGACUAAGCUGUACUAUACUGUACCUACAAUUAAAGCGGGUGGAUUUUUAUUAUCUGCAGGAUUUUUAAGUAUGUUUUAAGGCUGACACCUUGAAUAUUACGUUUUAAAUACAUUUUACACAAUUCUGGAGGGACUGUUAAUGGGGUGAGAUGCAAGAAUUCUGCUGCCAAUGUUUUCUUUUCCUUUUGUUGAUUUUGCAUUGUAAAAUUAAGCAAAUUAUUUUUCUUUUUACAUUUAACUUCAGUUUUCUAUCUGUAGUUUAGCCUGUUUCAAUUUUGUUACACCAUUUCAUGUUGAUGGAAACCUACACAUUAUUCCUAUGUAUUUAAUGUGGUUAGUACAGUAGUGACUCUUGUGCACAUUUUCAAAGGUAUGAAUAUAAAAAGGUUAUACAAAAUUAUUUACUUUCUGUUACAUAUUUCUGGACCGUGCAACAUCCAUCGACUUGGUUGUAUCUUUCAAUAAAUUUACAAAUGGAUA